AUGGAAGCCUACCCAGCUCAUUAUGUAGAGCACAAUCUGCCACUGCUGCUCGUGUCUGGCCUUGCUAGCAGUGGCGAUGGGACUGAAGGGACGUCAACAACGCUGCCCAAGCGACAUGAAAGCGGCACACGCAUCAUCACCGAGUCGCCCAAAUGCCAGUCGAUGCAACUGAAUUCAGCCUUACGUGCCAUAGAUGGUUCUAAUGAGCCAUGCAACACGCUGGCUUUGCCCGGACCGGCGGGUAUCAUGCGAUACAAGAUCAAGACGGUCGGGAGAUCGUACAUGCUACCUGCUCGCAAAGCCGCUCCAAUGCCACAAUCCCCUGGUGCCGAUGGUCUCACGCCGCGAAAUACUGAGCUCCAUUCGCCGCUUUCGCCAUUGUCUUUCGGCUCGCCGAUAUUUCCCGAUGGCAUCAUGACACCGGCUUGGUUUGCUAAGCAUCAGGGAGAUGUCCCGGCCGUGUUCCUCGCUGUGUUCACUUUCGAUACUGGCGAAGCUGCUGCGAAAAAUGACGAGCUGCUCAAAAGCGACAUCAACGUAAUCCGAAAUGCGCUGAACCGGUCUGGAUUUCGCACAAGGCUUGCAGUAAUCAUGGUCGGCAAUCAAAGCAUCCUACAGGCUCCAGAAAUUGAAGAAAGGCUUGCGUCAAUUCGACGAGCAACGUCUUUGGAUGCAAAAACUGGUAUCUUCUAUAUGCCGCCAAUGCCUACACAGUCAGAAUGCACAAUCUUUGUGCAAAACACAAUGCUUGCACUUCAAGCAUCGUGCGUUGAGUAUUAUCGUGACUUGAGCAAGCAUGCACGACGCAAAAAGGCCCGCAGCGGCACGGCGCCACAAUUGCUGUCUCCGUUGGUUGGGGCUGCCCAAUCGACCUCCACCUCAGGAUGGAAUGUUCGCUACGAGAUCAAGCAGGGGGCUUUCGCUGAGUUCAGGCAAGAAAUGGACGUUGCCGAGCGACAUUACGCUGUCGCGAUUGAAGAACUCCUUAGUCCGGAAGGAGGGGUGUUCGAGACCACAGUGAAUUGGUCCCCACGCUGGGAUGAGGCUCGGCUUCUCUGUGACAGUCUGGCCAUCCGCGUACUCCGCUGCCAUUUAUGGGUCGGGAGUACCACAACGGCGGUACAGUUCUGGCAGACUUAUCGUGUCCGCAUGAAGCACACAAUUGAUCAGCGAGGAAAAGGCUCUCUGACAUACGGCUGGGAAGCUUGGGAAGCUCGUUGGGCAAGCCUCAUGUCGGAGCUGAUACGACAUUCCGAUCUUCAGAGCUUGAGGACACCCAAUAAAGAGUCUAGCAAAGAAGCCGGGCACGAGAUUCCUCUUACAGUAUUCGUCGCCUCCGAUAGAACUUCAGCAUCAAGCGACCGAACCCUGCCAUUUCAUAUGCUUCACCAUCCGGGUUACUGGUGGCAACUCGUCACCAAAGGCAUUCGAUCUAGAUGGACGAGAGCAUCCGCAAUUCCAGCUGAAGAUCGCAUUCCGCCUUAUCAAUCACCUGCAUCAGCGGUCGUGCAUCGUGCAAAAAACUAUGACACAUAUCUCGUUCUAGAACCGUACGAGGAAAUCCCUCGAUCUGGUGAAAUCGGUUAUGAUUACUCGGGCGAACUCAAAAAGGCUUAUACUGCUGCAACUACUGAAUUCGACGCGCGAGCCCAGCAUCGUAUGAGCGAGUACUUACGACUCGAACUUGGGCGUGAUCUUGUCCGAGCGGAACGCUAUCAAGAUUCGAUCAAUGAGCUUGCAGAGCUUUGGACCUCCUGCCACUGGCGGCACGAAAAUUGGCAGGGUCCGUUUGCUGAUCUCACACGCUUGCUUUUGACGAGCGUGCAGCAUGAGAAAUCUGCUCAGCAUGCAGCCCUGGUUCCAGCGCUUACAUGGGAACUUCUGAGCAUCGCGGGUGUUUCGUCGCCGAAAUCACCAAACAUGUCUGACUGUUUUUCCGGAUGGGACCUCCAGCAAGCCGUAGACGUACAGCUGGAUGCUCGAUCUCGUUUGAGUCCGAUUAGUAUUGCAUCUGCUUUCAAGGUGGAAGAGGGCUUCGUGGGCGAUCUCAUUCAAUGUCAAUUAACGCUCAGAUACAGUUCUCCGCCAGAAUCGGAGCCAAUCGUUCUAGGGCACUUGAUCGUCAGCUUCGGAGAAAGCCACCAAGUGAUUGUUCGACACAAGUCUACGGGGACAACGACGAAUCACACGGUCUCGUACAUUGCAGAAUCAAGCACGAGUCAAACUAGCAAUGUCGAAGCAUUCGCGGACCUUAGCUUUGCGCCAUCGCAGGCGCGGAGCAUCACGUUGCCGGUGAUUUUGCGUGAAGCGCAAGUUCUAGUUGUCUCGCAGAUUGAGCUACACCUACUUUCGGACAAGUAUCAUUUGACAUAUACGAGCUCUUCAGAAUCUAUCAAGCCGAAUCAGCAUUGGUUCUUGCAAUCGGAUGAUCAAGUGGAAAGCAUACUGCUACCUCACUGGGAUCUCCAACUACUUAACGUGCUUCCAAAGCCUCCCAAAAUGGAGAUACACGUACACGACUUUUUCGAGGAAUAUUGCACCGACGAGUUGAUUUGCCUAUCGGUUGAGUUGAUCAAUCGCGAAGCUGAUUCAAUUCACGCCAGUGUUGCAUGCAAGGUCAUCGGAGCCGGCGGCGAGACUAUACAGGUGGGAUGGGACGACAUCGAAAAAGCAGAACCAUUGCAGUCCAUCACAGCGAUGCCAUCUGGACAGUCGAUUUCGUUGAAACUUUACAUCCCAGCUCCGAAGGAUGCAUCGAUCUUCACACUCACGAUUGACGCGCGGUACACCUUGGAAUCAGCAGUCAACGAAGCUCUGGUCAAAAGCCACAGCGCGGAGCUGAACUUUGUCGCACCGUUCGACGCAUCGUUUACCCUCGGUGCAUUAUUACAUGAAAGCCCGUGGCCAAGCUUCUUUGACCCGAACAAUGACAGCAGCGCAGCAAAUCCGGACGGGAUCAUACAGCUAUGGAAACUCACGUCACAGGUCUUGUCCACGGCGAAUCGACCUGUUCAUAUCCAUGAAGUUGCAGUCCUUGUGGAAGCCGUCGAGAAUGCUGCCUCUUGCGAUGUUCUCAGCACGGCCGCUGCUCUCUCUCGGGAGUCGCUCGCGCCAGGAGAGACGAUCUCGCCGGCUUUUCAGCUGACCACGCAAAAAUACUCUCUAGACGAUCGGCGCAACACUUACCUUACUUUAAGUCUCGCAAUCACAUGGAGCCGGCAGACGGACAGCGAUCAGAAGGCGCAGACCGUCAUACCAAUUCCGCGGCUCUCGAUUCCCGCCUCGGAACCACGAGUGCUCUGUACUGUGGCAGACCCGGUCCUGCCGCACACCGAUCUCACUCUACAAUAUACUCUAGAGAAUCCUUCAUCGCAUUUCCUGACUUUUGCGUUGACCAUGGAAGCUAAUGAGGAUUUUGCGUUCAGUGGCGCGAAAUACCGUACGCUGAGUCUCGCACCCCUAAGUCGACACCUUGUUGAAUAUCACAUCGUCUUGCAUGACCAGUCGGAGGCUGGCGCGGAAGGUUCAGUGAUCCUGCCGAACCUUCAGGUGGUCGAUUCGUAUUACCAGAAAAAUUUGAGAAUUCAGCCUGGGACGGAGCGUGUCAGGCUGGAUGACAAGCGGAACCUAUGUGUCUGGACUGGUCCGAGCAGAUAG